CUCUUGUGUCUGGGAAAGGAACAGUUUUAGGGGGGAAAACAAGUGAGGAGCCAAGGAACAGGUCUGACCUUAGUUACAGGAGCUGGUCCAGAGAAACGUGGGGCUGCUAACAGCAAGAUGAACACCAGUCAUCUGGGAACCAACUUGACCAUCCCCUCCACCACGGACGACAUUGUGCUCAAUGUGUCAACCGCCGCAACGGCCCCCACCACUCCCUCCUAUUCUUUAGACACCCAUGACCCAGAAUUCACCAUUAUGGUAGUGAUUGGCUUAUCAGUGCUGCUGGCAGGGUUGGCAAUCUUCCUGGCAUUUUGUCGCCGCUCCGAACAAGACGAGGGUUGCGAGGCGAGCUGUGGAGAGACUCUGAAACACGGGAGAAGCCAGUCGAGUGAACCGCAGCUAAAAGUGUGGAAGAGGCUGGGCUCUUACCGGCGCUCGUACAAUCUAUCUUUUAGAAGACCACCUCAUCGCAGGCCACACCAGCAUAGGAACGCACGCGCUUCCGAUUCUCCGGGCACAAGGACUGCGCAGCCGGGGGUCAGCACGGAGCCCCACCUUACUAUGCCUUGCCUGUGUGACUAUGUUACUGAGAUUUAGCUGGACAAUAAACCAAGGACUGACAGCGAAACUUAAACUGCAAGACAUGAGAAAACUACCAAGGCGAGUUUUGCUUUCCAAGGUCGUCCCCGGGUUACGACGUACUCGACUUAUGUGAUUUUCACUUUACGACGUCGGAGUCUCGUCCGCCAUUUUUUCUCCAGUAGGUUUUUUUUUUUUUUUUUUUUUAAAUCUCAUGAACAGUACCUUAUUGUGCCUCACAGUGUCUUGUUUUUAUUUUACUUUAUUAAUAUGACAUGUUCUGUCCUCACUAAAUGUGAAAAUUUUCAGCUUUACAGACAUCAACAAGGCAAUUUUGCUUUUUGAGGCUUUUUAGUUCCUUCACUUUUGACAAUUUUUAAAGCUGUAACGCAAAUAUGUACACUUAUGUUCAAAAUGACAAGCAUUUUAACAAUGAAACACUUGACAGAAAAAAAAAAAAUGCUGUUCAAACUAGAGCUGAAACGAAUACUCGAGCAACUCGAGUUUAAAAACCGAUCCGAGUAAUUUUAUUCACCUCGAGUAUUCGUUUAUUUUGACAGCUCUAGCCAUCACGUUUUGCUCGGACUACUUUUAAUGCGGGACAACGCGCUGAUGUUACGUGCGUAGAGGACGAAGCAAAAAAACAACAACAACAAAACUUACUGCAGCAGACAGCCGCUACACACGACGCCGACGUUGCUAAAUACUUGCCCGCACAAUGCUAGUUGGUAGCAGGUAGCGUCUGAUGCGUCUCAUAGAGAUCACAUGUAUGUUGAACUAGAUGCGAAAUGACAGACUCGGCCGCGUCUGGGCAGCGUUAGUAAACCGCCGCCAUCUUAAAGGAGUAGAGCGCUAAGCGCUAAUAAAGAGCGCUAAGCGCUAAUAAAUAGGAUUAACGUUACUGUCACAAGCACACGUAACGUUAGCCCUGCGGAGGGCUAGGUUUCUAUUAAUUAUGACCACUGUCGAUGCGUGGCUAACGUGUCUUACAUACAGGCUUUAACAUAGCGUUGUGGAGUGAUGAGGGUGUAAAAUAAAAAUUCAAUAAUGCUAACUGUCAAUUUUAGCUCAGUAGUCAUUGCUGGAUAAAACACCAAGUAGCACUGGUCCCUAAUGUGCUCCAAUACAGCCUGUAUCAUACAUUUAUUUUGAACACUGCAAAAACUCAAAAUCCUAUCAGGACUUACAGUUUAGACUAACUUAAAACUUAACUAGAACUUAAAAAUGGCUUGACACAAAUAGAAACUCAAUUGAAACACGUAGGAAAAAAA